AUGGUGAACAUUACAAGACUCGUAACCACAAGGCAUGCAGACAUUAUCCGACAAGUGUCCGGUGCACACACUUUCCCAUUAACAGUAUUGAAAGAGGAGGAUGCUCUGUCCCUUUUCUGCCACUAUGCCUUUGGCAGGCCUGAAAUUCCGAUGAUGCAUGAUAAAUAUUUAGUAAAACAGGUAGUGGAACAGUAUAAAGGUUUGCCAGUGGCUCUUCAAGUAAUCGGCUGCUCUAUGCGUGAUACGAGGGAUCACAUGAUUUGGAAGAGAGUAAAGAAAAAUCUCUCGAGAGGGGAAGCUAUAUCUUCCUAUGAUAACGAGCUUUAUGAAAGACUGAAAAGAACAUGUAUAGAUGUGCUGGGGGAUAAUUCAAAGCGCUUUUUAGAUCUAGCUGCUUUCCCAGAAGGACGAAUCAUUUCUGCAAAUGCGUUGUUAGAUAUUUGGGACAAUAAGACUAACUAUAGUAGGUUGUGUAUGCCUGGAAAGUAUAAGGGCAUUCCUUCAAAGUGGCGACAAGUUCGUGCAUCAAAAGCUAAGAUUGUUUCCAUUCACACAGGUGAUGCUACAACUCCUCUAUUAUUAAUGCAAAUGGAUGAAGAAAGAUGGCCACAAAUGAAGUUCCCUGAGGCAGAAGCUCUAGUUUUGUAUUUUACUGCAAGUGAAUAUUGUAUUCCAACAUUUUUGGGCACCAUGAAGAAACUGAAAGUUCUGAUAAUCAAUAAUUACAAGAGUCUGGAGAAGCUAUGUCUGUGUCUAUGUGAGGGCCUUGGUAACAUGAAUGAAUUAGAUGGCAAUGAAAUUUUCAACUCUGCAAGGCUUUUAGAAAUUAAUGUGCAUCGCUGCAAUGAUUUGGAGGAGUUACCAAGAGAACUCUGUUCUUCGAAAUUCCUGAAAUUGCUGGUGGUUAGGAAAUGUCAUAAACUUAUAAAUUUACCUGAUGAGGUAGAAAAGCUUGGCCUGCUAGAUUCCCGGAUAAAUUUCACAGACUGUUGA